AUGCCAAUAGAAAGUGGAAGCUGUGCAUCUGCUCGGCAAGCGAAGCAGAAGCGCAAGUCGCACAGCCUCUCGAUCCGGAGAACCAACAGCUCCGAGCAGGAGCGGGCGGCCCUGCAGCGAGACAUGCUGGAGGGGCAGGAUUCCAAACUACCAUCUUCUGUCCGGAAUACACUCCUUGAACUUUUUGGACAAAUAGAGCGGGAGUUUGAAAAUCUGUAUAUAGAAAAUUUGGAAUUACGUAGAGAGAUUGAUACCCUGAAUGAGCGUUUAGCAGCUGAAGGGCAGACAAUUGAUGGGGCUGAACUGAGCAAAGGACAGCUGAAAACAAAAGCCAGUCAUAGUACCAGUCAGCUUUCUCAGAAAUUAAAGACAACUUACAAGGCAUCUACUAGCAAGAUUGUAUCCAGUUUUAAAACUACAACAUCAAGGGCAAUCUGUCAACUGGUCAAGGAAUAUAUUGGCCACAGGGAUGGCAUUUGGGAUGUCAGUGUCGCGAAAACUCAACCAGUGGUGCUGGGAACUGCAUCUGCUGAUCACACUGCUUUGCUGUGGAGCAUAGAAACAGGGAAGUGCCUAGUCAAGUACGUAGGGCAUGUUGGAUCAGUAAAUUCCAUAAAGUUUCAUCCAACUGAGCAAGUGGCUCUUACAGCAUCUGGAGACCAGACAGCUCACAUCUGGAGAUACAUAGUACAGUUGCCUACACCUCAGCCAACUGCAGACUGCAAUCAAGUGUCUGGAGAAGAUGAAGUUGAGAUCUCAGAUAAAGAUGAACCCGAUGGAGAUGGAGAUGGUUCUAGUGAUUGUCCCACUGUCAGAGUUCCAUUAACUUCACUCAAAAGCCAUCAAGGAGUUGUCAUAGCAGCUGACUGGCUUGUUGGGGGGAAGCAAGCUGUGACCGCAUCGUGGGAUAGGACGGCAAAUCUGUAUGAUGUGGAGACUUCUGAACUUGUCCACUCUCUCACAGGGCAUGACCAAGAGCUAACACAUUGUUGUACACAUCCCACCCAGCGUCUUGUGGUGACAUCAUCACGCGAUACAACCUUCCGUCUGUGGGAUUUCAGAGAUCCUUCUAUCCAUUCUGUGAAUGUCUUUCAGGGCCACACAGAGUAAGUGACAGUUCCUUCACGGGUUUUCACAAGUUCCAGAAGU